AUUAUUAGCUAAUUUAACAAAUCCAACACUCUCUUAUAAACCUCAUUAUCUAAUAAGCUCCAUAGCAUCUAGCAAGAGAAUAAAUAUACUCAUAUACAACACCUAUCUCAAUCUAGCUACCUUUCUUUUCUUUCUCCCCCCACUAUCUUUCUUCUUUUACCUUAUUUUCCUCAAACCAAACCCUACAAUAUUUAGCCUUUUAAUUUACUAAAUUGAUCAAAUUCUCUCAACUUCAAUUAGGGUUUCAAAUGGAUCCAGGAAAUGCAAGUCAUAAUUCUCUUCCAUCUUCAUUUCACACUAGGGAUUUCAAUCUUCAGCAGCACCAAUUCCAGCAACAGCUUCAUCAAACCUCCGAAGACGAACAAAGCGGCUCCAGUGGCCUCAAAUGAGACCGCGAUGAUAACAACAACAACAACAACAACAGCGACGAUAGAGAUGGAGGAUCCGAAAACUCGAGAAAACCCCGAGGCCGACCAGCCGGAUCCAAGAAUAAGCCGAAACCCCCCAUCAUCAUCACCCGAGACAGCGCUAACGCACUCCGGACCCACGUCAUGGAAAUCGCUGACGGGUGUGAUAUCAUGGACAGCGUCGCCACCUUCGCGCGGUGCCGGCAGAGAGGGGUGUGUAUAAUGAGCGGCAACGGGAGCGUCAACAACGUCACUCUCCGUCAGCCCACGUCACCAGGGGCGGUUCUCACACUUCACGGAAGAUUCGAGAUUUUAUCGCUUUCCGGGUCGUUUCUGCCGCCACCAGCGCCGCCAGCCGCCACGGGGCUGACGAUAUACCUAGCCGGAGGACAAGGCCAGGUGGUCGGCGGGGCCGCGGUGGGGCCCCUUCUGGCGUCAGGGCCGGUGGUAAUAAUGGCGGCGUCGUUUAGCAACGCGGCUUACGAGAGGCUGCCUUUGGAGGAGGAAGAGGCGGCGCCGCCAAUGCCAAUGCAAGGUGGAGGGCUGAAUGAGUCGCCAGUGGGACAGCAGAACUCGCAGCAGCAGCUGCUGGGAGAUCCUUCAAUGUUUCACGGGAUGGCUCCGAAUCUACUGAACUCGAUUCAAUUGCCUCCGGAGGCCUUCUGGGCCUCCGGAGGAAGGCCGCCCUACUAAGUGAGGCAGGAAACUCAUUUAGGGUUUACAAUUUAGAGAAUCAGGGUUUGGGGCUUUUGAGGAGCUGUUUAUCAGGUUUUUAUUCUUGAAUUUAUUGAUUAAUCUCAUGUUUUUGCAAUAUUGACUAUUGUUUGUUGUUGUUCUGUUGGUGUGAUGAAUUGAAUAUGAUUAGUAAGUAGUAACUUUCUGGUAGGAUUAUUGAUGAGGAGAUGAUGAUGAUCAUAUGAGUGUACCUUUUAGCAUUUCAAGUGACUAAACUGUCUGUAAAUCUUUUUGCCACUUUUGAGCUUGAUGAAACUGAUGAUAAUUGAGUUCUUCAAGCUAGUGUGUUAUUCAUCAGUCAAUCAACUUGCAACAUAUUACUAUUUUUUUGUAAAUAA